AUGCUCAGGGCCACGGUGGUUGGAUGGAUCUCUGUCCACCAGGCAGCACCCAGCACAGGCCUGCCGGAGCUGCUGGUGAAGCGGGUGAUGGCCCAGCUCGCUGGAGCCCUGGACUUCCUGCACAGCCGGGGGCUGGUCCACGCCGACGUGAAGCCAGACAACGUGCUGGUCUUCGACCCUGCCUGCAGCCGUGUGGCCCUCGGAGACCUGGGUCUGACCCGGCCCGAGGGCAGCCCAACCCCCGCCCCGCCGGGGCCGCUGCCCUCCGCCCCACCCGAGCUCUGUCUCCUGCUGCCACCUGACACCCUGCCCCUGCGGCCGUCCUUGGACUCCUGGGGCCUGGGGGUGCUUCUCUUCUGUGCGGCCACGGCCUGCUUCCCUUGGGACGUGGCCCUGGCCCCCGACCCCGAGUUCGAGGCCUUUGCUGGCUGGAUGACCACCAGGCCCCAGCCACCUCAACCACCCCGCCCUUGGGACCAGUUUGCGCCCCCGGCUCUGGCUCUGCUCCAAGGGCUCCUGGACCUGGAUCCUGACACGAGGAGCCCCCCACUGGCUGUUCUGAACUUCCUGGGGGACGACUGGGGGUUGGAGGGGAACAGAGGGGGACCUGGGGGCUCGGAGAGUAUGUCUGGUGAGGAUGGGGAGGAGGAGGGGGGAUCAAGCUUGGAGGAGUGGACAGAUGAGGAGGAGCAUGACCAAGGUGGCGGGAGGAUGGGGACAGAUGGGGGAGCUCCCAGGCCAGGUGACUGAGACAGGUGGCCAGAGCCUGAGCCAAGGGCCCCUCCCGCAGCCUCCAUGGCCACCUGGAUGGAGAGACAGCUGCUCCCGGGAGCACA